AGUUGCCCAGCUCCUCAGAAGUUCCCUUCGAAAAAUGAAGCUAGUGCAAAGAACGUCAACUACUUGUCGCAGGACUAGAUUUCAUUUCGCUACGAGAGUCAGAAGCAGACAUUCUAGGGGCCAUUUCCGGGGGCGGGUCUCAUACGUCACUUCCGGGGCGUGUCCCAGGCCAGCCCCGCCCUCCUCCCCUGGGCCGGGCUGAGUCCGAGAAACGUGCUGAGCGGGUGUUUUGGGCACGGAAGGUCACGUGAAGUAUCCGGUUCUGUCAGGGAGGCGAGUGGCUGCGCACCGGAGCGGCGGGUUCCACAGUCCCCGGGAAGCGUGCUCGCGCUGGAUCCCCGGCGCGUCCAGAUAGUGAACUCCUGAGAAGAAAAUGGAUUGCCUAGUAGUUGUUUGCUAAGCAUUUGGACUCAGCAGUGUACAGAUUUCUUGCAGAGGCAGACAAUGGCAACUCCUUAUGUCCCAGUUCCUAUGCCCAUAGGAAACUCCGCUUCCAGUUUUACAGCCAACAGAAAUCAAAGAAGUUCUUCUUUUGGCAGUGUCUCUACAAGCUCAAACUCUUCCAGAGGCCAGCCAGAAGAUUCAAAUAUGGGUAACUGUAAACAGGCAAGCGUUCCUGAACAGCUGGACAGAACUUCAUCUGUCUGCAGCAGUCCUCUCAUUAGGACUAAGUUCACAGGAACAGAUUCAGCCAUUGAGUAUUCUGCAAGAGCAAGAGAAACUGAAGAACAGAAUCCUGAACCAGUGAGUUGGGAGGACAGACCAUCCACACCUACUAUUCUGGGGUAUGAGGUGAUGGAAGAAAGAGCCAAGUUUACUGUAUAUAAAAUACUAGUGAAGAAAACCCCAGAAGAAAGUUGGGUAGUUUUCAGAAGAUACACCGACUUCUCUAGGCUCAAUGACAAAUUAAGAGAGAUGUUUCCAGGCUUUCGAUUAGCACUUCCACCAAAACGCUGGUUUAAAAAUAACUACAAUGCUGAUUUCCUAGAAGAUAGACAAUUAGGACUACAAGCAUUUCUUCAGAAUUUAGUGGCUCACAAGGACAUUGCUAAAUGCACUGCGGUGAGAGAAUUUCUUUGCCUGGAUGAUCCGCCAGGCCCAUUCGAUAGCCUAGAAGAAAGCAGGGCUUUCUGCGAAACCUUAGAAGAAACAAACUACCAUUUACAGAGAGAGCUACUUGAAAAGCAGAAGGAGGUAGAAUCCCUGAAGAAACUGCUUAGUGAGAAGCAACUUCACAUAGACGCCCUGGAGAACAGAAUCAGAACAUUGUCUCUAGAACCUGAAGAAUCAUUUUAUGUGACCGAAGCAGAAAAUGGACAGAUCCUAAGGCUGCAGUCCUCUGCACUUACGAUUGACCAAGAUGUCUUAGAUGAAGAAUCCAGAGCUGAUAAUCCACACUUCAGUUUUGGUGACCCUGAAAAUGCUGUAUCAGAAAUAGAAGUGGCUGAAGUGGCAUAUAAGGCUGAAGAACACUGAUGCAACACGUCACCAAGUUUAGAAUAGAGUGGCAGAUGUCAUUUAAACAUAAAAAGACUGAAACAGUUACAGAAGAGAAUGAGAAUUUAAAUGUAUAAAGUUUACAUAAAAUUGUUUUAAGUUAUUGGAGUUGUAAAUAUACUCACUGCUGCUUUUGUCUCUUAUCCAGCUUUCUAUUUAGUACACUGAAAAAAGAAUGUAGUUAGAAUUCUGUUACCAGUGCCCAUGUUCUUAAAUAUUGUGCAUAAAUUAUGAUGGUGUUUUGCCUAUAAUGUUGCUCCAGACUAGUCUGUGUGGCUGUGUUUGCACCUGCUUUAAAUUGCAGUUAUAUUAGUCAAAUGGAAAUUAAUUGCAUGUUGUAUCUGUGUGAUACUUCUUUGUGUCUCUGACAUGACAUAUUUUCAUUAACGAUUUAAAUCAGUGAACAUUGUAUUAAAGGUAAAGAUGAAAACAAAAGAUAAAGAUGAAAUGAGUAUUAAAUGUUGACAUGUUUAUUAUCUCUAAAUAAAAAUAACUUAUUCAAAUGUUAAUAUAUAAAAGAUUAAGAUGGUUUUUAGUACCAAAGCAAAACUAUUUUAAAGAGCUGUCACCAUACAGCUGAAGUGGCAAAAUAGCCUUGAUUUUAAAUUCCAAUUCAUAAUACCAAGAUACUGUAAGUAUCCUAGUUUAUUAAGGCUAUAGCACAUUAUUUUCUACAUUUUAGAUUUCUACCUGCAGUUUCAGUGAGUUUGCUUCUUUCAGAAUACUACCUCUUUUUUGCUAAUCAAGGCAUAUUCUUUUCAAAAUAUAGAUAUUAAGGAAGUAAGGAGUUAAUAUAAGAAGACACAAUAAAAAGCCAUAUACACUACAAAAUUCCUAAGUAGCUUGACACUUGGUGUUGCAUUUUUAUUUCUGUACAUAUGAAAAUGCUGUUAUAUGUGGCGUGGCUUUUUUUCUUUUUAAUAUAUUUAGCCAAGCGAUGCACUUUAUAAUUAAACUAUUUUGUGCCAAGUUUAAUUGGUGAAUUUCUUUAGUAAGGGUAGUGAACUGGAAGAAUUAUGUAGUGCCUUUACUAUUUCACUUUUUACAAACAUCUUUAGGGUAUGAGUCAACUUGGUGAAGAAUGUUUAUGCUUGUCUCUACUCUGCAUAUGUAUCAAAAGUGCCUUGUUUCAUUUUCAUAGUAUGAAGUUACUUGUUGAUUCUCUGUGUCUACUGUUUUGCAUAUUGCUGUUAAUAUGUAUUGCAGUGCUAGCAUUUUGAAAGCCUAGGUGGUGUCCUGAACAGCGUAGACUUUAUAAAACCUGGGAGAAUCUUACUGGGGAAAUAGAAUAGCAAUCUUGGGGGGUUUUCCUUCAUUAUCUAAAAGUGUACCAGUAUCUUACUGUGCAUACUAAGUUGUGGUUGUUUAAAAUUCUGCUGAUAUAAAUCAACGCACCCAAUGGCUAUUGGUCACCUUUAUUCUUAAAAGGAAACGACUUUAUGCCAAAGUACCCAAAUUUUAAACCUGCGUCAUAAUGCACAGGUGUUUUAGCUAGGACCAUUUUCGACAAAGUAUAUUAGAAAUUUGUUUAUUAUUUUUAGAGGCAGAAAUAGAUAUAAUAAACUAAUGUGCUCAUUCAUUUUUAAAUUAUCCUAGACUGUUUGAAAAAGUUUAUGGUGAACAAUCACUUCACAUUGACAUUAAUAAUAAAAUAAAAUGGUCUUUGCCAAGUUCCAGAUAUUAUAGUGCUACAUGACUGUUUUGAAGGGAACCAUAUACUUUAAAGACACAGUUUUAAAUAUUAUAUUUAAAGUUUUGAAUGGAGGGAAACUGUUAAUUAGGUAAACCACUAUUAUUUAUAUUUAGAAUUUACUUUUUUACUUUUAUAAUGUAUUUUACUCCCAGUAUUAUAUUCAUUUAAUAAAUUAUUUUUUCAUUACAGUAGUAGCUGUGUUUUCCGGUGUGGAAUAGCCCUGUCUCCUCUUUCUGUGUUCUCCCUAUUCCUACAAUUAUUGUAAAUUGAAUUAUAUUUAAAGGCGAUAUAUCACAGGUGAUGAGCCUGUGAUUUUCUAAGUUUCUAUUUUAUUUCACUGAUUAUCUUUCAGAAGCAUUUGUGAAUAGGUGCAGUGCACUUUAAAUGUAACCAAUAUUAAUAAAAAAAUUAUA